AUUUAAGGAACUUCAAAUUUUAUCCGUUUUGAACAAGACUUGCGCACGACGCCCCCUUGCGUACCCCUAAAGUCAUAUAGUAAAAGGGGAAGAAAAAAAGGAACAACUAAACGAAACCCUUGUGCUUUCUCUGCUUUUUUCCUCCUCUCUCCACUCUCGCGCUUCGCUACUCCCUCUAUACAAAGCUUGGAUUAUCUUCAUCCCCACCACAAUUGGAAGGUGAAGAGUAUAUUGAGAAUGGUUGCAGGUAGGUGGAUAGAAACUGGAGCGGAUCUAUGGAAAGAUAGGGCACGAUCGCUGCAGCUUCGUCUCAGAGACCGUCUUAGAGUCGCCGUCGAUCAUCAUUGUCGCCGUCCGAAGAUCUAUGAUGGUUAUUUAUCAUCUACCGUCGAACGAUGGCUCCAGCGGUUCAGCGAUUUCCGUAGAGAUGCUUUGCCUUCUACUUCUACUUUCUACCGUAAAAAAGUUAGCAAGGAUAUAGAUCCAGAAGCAGAUUCAGUCCUGACUCGCAUGCUGCAGGCUGUGGCUGUUCCUGUGCUUGGAAAUGUUUGUCAUGUGUUUAUGCAUGGCCUCAAUCGUGUUCAGAUAUAUGGUGCAGAAAAAUUACAUCAGGUGCUGGAAAAUCGAAUGGAGAGUAAACCUCUUAUUACAGUGAGCAAUCAUGUUGCUGCUAUGGAUGACCCUCUAGUUAUUGCUGCAUUACUUCCUCCUAGUGUUAUUUUGGAUGCACAGAAUUUGAGAUGGACACUUUGUGCAACUGAUCGAUGUUUCCGCAAUCCAGUGACAUCUGCCUUCUUCAAACACGUCAAAGUUCUUCCAGUGUCCCGUGGGGAUGGUAUUUAUCAGAAGGGGAUGGACAUGGCUAUUUCAAAAUUGAACCGUGGUGGAUGGGUACACAUAUUUCCAGAAGGUAGUCGCUCUCGAGAUGGUGGCAAAACGAUGGGUUCUAUUAAAAGAGGCAUCGGAAGAUUGGUCCUGGAUGCUGACAAUUUGCCAAUAGUCAUCCCUUUUGUACAUACUGGAAUGCAGGACGUCAUGCCUGUAGGAGCCAAGCUUCCCAGGAUUGGAAAGACGGUGACUGUUCUUGUUGGUGAUCCCAUCGAGUUUGAUGACUUGCUUGCUGCGGGAGAAAAGGAUAAUAUGCCUAGAGGAAAAUUAUAUGAUGCCGUGUCAAAAAGAAUUGGUGAUCGAUUACAGAUGCUUAAGGCCCAGAUCGACAGACUAGCUGUCGAGGAAGCACUACAAUCACGACACUACCAUGAUCAUGUUGGUGAACGAGCUGCUGGGAUUGUGCAGCACGUUGACUGGGAAGCUCUUGGCAUGGACAAUUACAUGAGCAUAGAGGAGGAUCAUGUCUCUCCUCCAAGGCAAGAACCUAGUAAUGAGCAGCCAUUAGUUGAGAAGCAGGUGGAAGAAAAUAGUCAGGAUAGGUACUUUCAGUUGGGCUUCUCCAGGGAAAGUGGAAUCGUGUCGAGGAUCAGAGGUUACAUGGGUUCAACUGAAUUAAUGCUAUUUUCUGCUAGAUGUUUAGUUACUAAUAGUAGGGUAAAAGAAAAUUUUGAGAACAUUCAAGAGAUUGCCCCAUUGAAGGCUUGGAACAACUUUUGGAUGCCGUUGUAUGAGAGUCAGGUUUGUAACCGGGAGAUUUUACUUUAAUUGAAGAGUUUUACUGGUUUUGGUUUAACUAGCGAGGUGAAAGUGUGUAUAAAUUUAUUAAUACCGUAUCAAGUUAAAUUAUCUUGUUGCAUUA